AUGCUGAAGGAAGACAUCGAUGAGGAUGUCACGCUGUUGCUGCAGCUUCCGCUACAGUCGAUAGAGGACAGGCAUUUUGUGACAAUGGAGCCCUCAAAGUUGGGACAUGCCUGUACAGUGAACACUGUAGAUAUAGGACCACUGCUUCCCAAGGCAAGUGUCAGCUACCAGAACAAUGCCAUUGGUCGGACUAUCUCAGUGGGUGGCAUCAGGACAACAGCAUCUAUGCUUCUGAUGUCACAGCGCAGAGUUCGUCUUUUCUUACUUGAGGAUGGAAACAGUGAUGAAGAAGAGGAAGAUGAGGAAGAAGAAAAAGAGGACAGCAUUCAGCAGGCAGACACUUCAGCAGACUUAACUAGACCAGAGAGUGGGGACAGAAUUGAGGACGAGGACAAAGAGAAUAUUGAAGACUAG